UCUCUCAGCCAAUCAGAAUCGGCGGCUCCAGUUGAAUUGCGGGUUCAAAACUCUAUCGGUUAAAUUUGUAAAGUUGCAAGAGUUUGAUCGAAUCCUUCUUUCACGGUUCAAUAAACCCGAAUAUUGUCAUAGCUGACUUCAUUUAACACUCUAAUAUGGCGCAUAAACAGAUAUACUACUCGGAUAAAUACACAGAUGAUCACUAUGAAUACCGACAUGUCGUGUUACCGCGAGAACUGGCCAAACAAGUGCCCAAAUCCCACCUGAUGUCGGAGGAUGAGUGGAGGAGGCUGGGCGUGCAGCAGUCGCUGGGAUGGGUGCAUUACAUGAUCCAUGAACCAGAACCUCAUAUUCUGCUGUUUAGGAGACCUCUACCAAAACAAUGACGGCGGCAUGUGUCGGCUGCACUUCUGGAACAUUCCUGUGGUUGAAUAUGAUAUAUUCAGUGAAUACUGGAGAACUUCACCUCGUUUCUGGACUCCUGUGACCACGAUUUGUGCUUGGAUGGAAUCAAGAAAUUAUGGGAAAUUUUCAGUGAAAAUUCAAAGGGCUCUUAACUUAAAAAACAAAAACAAACAAAAAGCAUGUGACCCAAGUGCCUCUCUGGGUGAAGCCAAACCUUUGUGUGUUGAAUAAAAGUCUGUGAUGCAACGUCAGUGUUUAGAAAACUAAAUCAGUGUUUUUAUGGCUGAACUAAAGGACAAUGCAAAUUAUUUUGGGGGGGGAUAAAAGUAGUACUGUAUGCUAAAAGGGAGAUCAUUUGUGUGUAUCUAGGAAAUGAUGCAUUGGCCAAGAUUCUUAGUUUGCAUUAAUUCUUCAGGGAAGGCAAAUGGUAUACUGUAAAAACGCUUUGUGAUGCUUAAAUGGCGAUACAAAACUUGAACUGUCUGUUUAAAAAGUAGUUAUAGAGCCAUAAUGACAGCACUAUCAGCAACUGCGCUUCUUGAAAACAGGGUUUAUAGGGAUAAAAGAACAAGUUUUUACCUUUCAUAACAACAUUACUUUUCAAAAAGAAUAGAAUUAUGGCCUGUUUUAUUCUUGCUGCUCUUUAUAAUAAAAUGAAAAUGCCGCCUCA